CUCAUCUUCCAUUAGAGAACUUUUCCAAAUACAGAAAAAUGUCAUUUUGGGGAGUCGAAGUACAACCUGGAAAACCAGUCAUUCAGCGCUUCUCUAAAGCAAGAGGAAAGCUUCACAUUUCUCAGGCAACUGUCUCAUCAGAUGCUGCUGCUAAUUACACAAUUCACUGUCAAUGCAACGUAAGGGAUAUCAAUCCAAUUCUUUUGUACUCGUUCCAAACGACGUACCAACGGUCGUGUCCUAUCGAUCUUGAGUUCGGAGAGGAAGAUGGUGAUAUUGUUCUUUCAGUUAUCAGCACUGGUGGCUAUGGUGUACAUCUUACCGGUUAUUAUACCGGUGAUGCUUCUUUUAAGGGUCACGAUGCAAUUGGAAAGAAAAAGCCUGAAACUGAAAAUGUUGCGAAAGAUGAUACUGCCGAGAAUACCUCUGGUGAAAGUCAAAGUAAGGAUGGAAAGAACAAAAUGGUGCAAAAGAUGAAAAAAUUCAACUUUGGAUUGAUCUUGAAGAUGAUGCUGCUGAUUUUUCUCGUGCUGGGCAUUUUGGGUGGGAUUAUUUCCAAGUUUGAGUCAUAUGAGGUUCAGCCAAAAAUUUGCACCUGUUGGAUGUAG